CAACGCUCGCCGGACCGCCGUGCUCCUUCGCUCCGCACCAUCACGAGCAUCAAGCAACAGGUCAUGGCUUCGACAUCUGCCUCGCCCAGCGGCAAGCACGUCGUCAUCGUCGGGGCCGGCGCAGGCGGCACGGCUCUGGCGGCGCGUCUGGCUCACGCCGGCCACCGCGUCAGCGUGAUUGAGAAGCACGGCGACGUCGGCGGCCGCUGCUCGCUGCUGCAGCGUGACGGACACCGCUGGGACGUGGGGCCGUCGCUGUACCUCAUGCCCGAGAUCUUCGACGCCGCCUUCGAGUCGCUGGGCCGCCGGCGCGAGGACAUGUACGACCUGCACCUGGCGGCGCCGGCGUACAAAAUCCACUACCACGACGGCAGGAGCCUGCACCUCUCCUCGGACCUCGUCGCCAUGGGCAAGAUGCUCGAGGAGUUCGAGCGCCCCGCCGGCAGCAAGGAUCCGCUCGGCAGCUUCAUGUCCUUCAUCAAGGAGGCCGGCGAGCACUACGAGGAGAGCAUCAAGCACGUCCUCACCCUCGACUGGACGCACCUCCUUGGCGCCCUCACGCGCUGGGAGCUGUACCCGAUGCUGCUGCGCACAAAGGUGCUGCACAUCUACACGACGCUGUAUGCCCGAGCCAGCCAUCACUUCAAGUCGGACCACAUUCGCCGGGCGAUGACAUUCAGCUCCAUGUACAUGGGCAUGUCGCCGUUCGACGCGCCGGCGACCUACUCGCUGCUGCAGUAUGCCGAGUAUGCCAAGGGCGUCUGGUACCCCGUCGGCGGCUUCCAGCGCGUCGUCGCGGCAUUUCACCGCGUGGCCGAAGAGCACGGCGCCACUUUCCGCUUCAACACGGGCGUGCGCAAGAUCCUGCUUGGGCCCAAGGGCGCGCGCGGCGUGGAGCUCGACUCAGGCGAGGAGCUCGAGGCAGACGUGGUCGUCAGCAACGUCGAUCUCGUGCACACGUACAACUCGCUCUUGCCGCCCGACAGCUAUGCGAAGCGCCUGCAGAACAAGGAUCAGACGUGCAGCAGCAUCUCGUUCUACUGGGGCAUGAAGGAGAUCGUGCCGGAGCUUGGCGGCCACAACAUCUUCCUCGCCGAGGCUUAUCGCGAGUCAUUCGACGAGAUCUUCCGCGACGGUCUGCUGCCCACCGAGCCGUCCUUCUACGUCAACGUGCCCUCGCGGUUAGACCCGACCGCGGCACCGCCAGGCAAGGACACGCUCGUGGUGCUCGUGCCCUGCGGUCCGAUCCCGCUGCCUGGCAGCGACGCCGGCGGCCGUCCGCAGACGCGCGAGGCAUUCGCGGCGACCAAGGCACGCGCACGCAAGCAGAUCAUCGAGACGCUCAAGAAGCGCCUUGGCCGCGACGACUUUGAGAGCCUGAUCGACGUCGAGGAGGUGCUGGACCCGUUCGACUGGCGCGAGCGCUUCUCGCUGUUCCGCGGCUCGAUUCUGGGCCUGUCGCACACGAUCCCGCAGGUGCUCUGGUUCCGGCCUAGCGUGCAGCACGCCACGCACAAGAACCUCUUCUUCUGCGGCGCCAGCACGCAGCCCGGCACUGGUGUGCCCGUCGUCGUCGCUGGCUCGGGCGUCGUCGCGGCGCGAGUCGACGCCUUCCUGCGCGGCAAGCCCAUGCCCGGACGCAUGCCGCAGGUCUCGCUGCUGCUCGCCGGCCUGCUGCUUCCUCUCCUGCUGCUGUUCUUCAGGCAGUCCGUGUGACCCAGAUACCGCGCACGGCUGCAAUGCGGCCCGCUUCCUUUCUCUCUGUGCAAUGACCGGCGGCCC